AUGAAUAUCUCGCCUACACCUAGAAGAUAUAUGUCACGAACUGGCAAUGUUAGGCCCAAUGCAUUCAACGUAGAUGAUAAGUAUUAUUUCAAUGAUCCAUUGAGAAAAGGUAAUGGUUCCAGUAAAGGCAAACUAUACGGUAAUAGCAAUAAUGUAAAUGCAAAUGACACAUUCCUUCCUCCCGAAUAUAAAUUAUCUGCCCAAACGUUUAAUGAAUUAGUAGAACUAAAUAAACGAUUGACUACUAUGUUGGAAGGUAAACAAAGGGAAAUAAAUGAAUUGAAAGCAGAAAACAAUGAAUUUAGAUCUAAACUAUGGAAAUAUACCGAAAUGGCCGACAGGUAUAAGAAUGAAAUAGAUAGAAGAGAUUCAGAAGAAAGACAAAGAACAAGGUCUCAGAAUAUGAGCCAACCUACAGAUUAUAUUCAAAUAAAUAAAAGAAGAGAGAAAAACACUACGACACCUUAUAGGCCUACAAACCGCCAUGUAGGUGAUAGCGACAACGAAGACGAUGAGGACGACGACGAUGUAAGUAGUUUUAAAACUGCGAAGACAUCAAAGGAAGACAUUCAACAUACUCAAAAACUUGAAACAUUAAUAAAAAACGUGGAACAUAUAAGUCGAAUUCUAAGUGAUUCGUAUGAAGAAGGUCAGACCCCUAAAACUAGACAAUCAUCCAGUGUGCAUCCGACGGACACUGAUAUAUUAAUGACAGAAUCAUCGGAAUUACAAUUGUUAGAAGAUCAGAUACGUGUGUUGCAAAACAAACUUAAUAUAAGGCAGCAAAAUGAAAAGAGGAAAGUGUCAUUACAACAACGACUUGAAGAACUUCAAAACAUGUUAGAUUCUUCCAGUAAUGAUAAUAAUGGUGGCAAGCCAACUAGCAAGACUAAGAAACAUAUUGAACAUACCGUCUAUGAAAGCGAUUCUGAUGAUUUUGAGGCAAUUCCUUCCAAAACAAAGACUAAAAUAAAAAGAGUAGAUAGAUCGAAUAUCUUUGGAACACCUACUAGUGAAAUAUAA